CAUCGCGUGCGGUUUUUGCUCGGCCGUUGUCGUCGCAGUCGUCGUAUAGCGGUUUUUCGUCUCGUCGUAUUUUCAAAAUUUUGUUUUUCCACUUGGCCGAUAACCACGUGCGAAUCUAAAAUAAAAAUAACAAAAAUACUAUACAUUGUAUAAAAAAAAAAAUAUAUAUAUAUAUAUAUAUAUAUAUUUAUAUAUUUUUUUGAAACCUAUUGCGAAUUUUCUAGAAAUUGAGAACAUCUAUCGUUUGUUGUCAACUCGAUUUUGGACUAACCUCUUACAGUACGAAAUCCGACAGCCAAUCGAUCAAAAUGUAUGGAAAAUUCAUUGAAACAGACGUGUAACAGGAAAUUUCUGUUGAAUCAAUUAGUGCUUUAACUUGAAUAACUAUUCAAGUGCAGUCAACAUACAAAGCAGCUAAUUAUGUAGAAAUUUAACCAUCAUUAAGUCAGGGACGCGUCGUCACUUCGAGGUGGUGCCGGGACGUCAUGCUGCCGGUGUGGCGGGCGGCAAUGCGGCGAUGACGGCGACCGCCAGCGUGACCUGAGAGUGGCCGGCCGGUUAUGCUCGGGUCGGCGUACCCGGAUGUCGUUUAAAUGGACGGCGUCAACGUCACGGCCGCAGCGUACGAGCAGCACAGCAACGAGACAGCGGUGCCGUGGCCGAGGAACGCGACGACCGCCGCCGGCCCGCCGUCAACGUACACGGCGCUGGAAGCGUUCACCAUCGGCUCCGUACUGUUCCUGGUCAUCGUGGUGACCAUCGUCGGCAACGUGCUCGUCUGCAUCGCCGUGUGCCUGGUCCGCAAGCUGCGGCGCCCUUGUAACUAUCUGCUCGUGUCGCUGGCCGUGUCCGACCUGUGCGUGGCCCUGCUCGUCAUGCCAAUGGCCCUGUUCUACCUGGUGCUGGGCAAAUGGCCGUUCGGCACGUUCGUGUGCGACCUCUGGGUGUCGUUCGACGUGCUGUCGUGCACCGCGUCCAUACUGAACCUGUGCAUGAUCAGCGUGGACCGGUACUACGCCAUCACCAAGCCGCUCGAGUACGGCGUGAAGCGGACGCCCCGCCGGAUGUUGGUGUGCGUGUCGCUGGUGUGGCUGGGCGCGGCGUGCAUCAGCCUGCCGCCGGUGCUCAUACUUGGCAACGAGCACUCGACCGUGGACGGGGUGCCGCACUGCACCGUGUGCCAGAACUUCGGUUACCAGAUAUACGCCACGCUGGGCUCGUUCUACAUACCGCUGACCGUCAUGAUCACCGUGUACUACAAGAUCUUCCGGGCCGCCCGCAAGAUCGUGCUGGAGGAGCGGCGGGCGCAGAGCCACCUGGAGAACAGCCACUGUUACCUGGAGAUCAGCGUCAAGAACGGCGUGGGCCAGGUCGAGUCAAAAAUCGCGGCCGCCGCGCCGGAACGCGGCCAACACGAUCACCGGGCCAGCAGCAGCGCCAGCACCGUUACCACGUGUAGUGGAACGAUAGGGAGCGGUGCACGUAGCGGCGACGGGUGCCGGUGCUGUUCGAUGGUGCGCCGGUCGGUGGGCGAGUACCAGUGUCCGGUUCUGAUGGUAGUGCCCAGCAACGGCCACAACGCCGGACGUCCGGCGGCCGCGGCCACCAAGAAGCCCGAAUCCGGCGGCAAGAAGCUCAGGUUCCAGCUGGCCAAGGAGCGGAAAGCGUCCACCACACUGGGUAUCAUUAUGAGCGCGUUCACCGUGUGCUGGUUGCCGUUCUUCGUGCUGGCGCUGGUCAGGCCGUUCCUCAGCGACCCGUCCAGCAUACCCAGCUCGCUGAGCAGCCUGUUCUUGUGGCUGGGCUACGCCAACUCGCUACUGAACCCCGUGAUCUACGCCACGCUGAACCGAGACUUCCGAAGGCCAUUCCAGCAAAUACUAUACUUCAAGUGUGGCUCGCUGAACCACAUGAUGCGCGAAGAAUUUUACCACUCGCAGUACGGCGACCCGGAACCACAGCACUCCACACACUAUUGCGUGAUACCCGGAGAGCCGAACCUCGUGCCGCACCAUCCGUCCCCGACCAAACCGGACGACACGCGGACCACCGAUUCCAAUCAACAAACAUUGGCAUCGGAGUCGUUUCUCUAGUAGUGACUCAAUUACCACGACCGCGACAACGAUAACAUUAUUCUCCCGGCUCGGAGACGGCAUACCUCCUAUAGCAAAAGCGGUAGUUGCACCGUCCGGUAACGGUGAUAGUCGAUAAACAUUAUUAUAUGAUUAUACAGUAACAAUUGUACUUAUGCUGCGAGACGAUGAUAAUAUUGUGUUUGCCGAUUUUAUUUAUUAAUUUAGUCUUUUUCGAUUCUGCCCACACUAAACGAACUCCGAGUAAAAAACAAUAAUAAUAAUACAUUAAACGAUAUUCCCCGAACGUCAAAAACUACGUAAUAUAUAAUUCAUUGUGACAUAAAUAUAAUAUAUAUAUAAAUGUAUAAUUAUUUAUACAUUAUCUAUUUUUGUUUUUACGAUCGCGCAGUAAACGCUUAAUUGAAAUUCACAGUUUCAUAUAUAAUUACAAAAUCGUUUCGGAGUUUGACAUAAAAGUUUUAACCGUAAUUAUCUUAAAUUAUAUUAUAUCAGAAACAUUUUUCGAUAUUUCCAUAAUUUUUUUGACAACGACGUGAUCAAAGAUGUUAAACAACGUGUAAUUUAUGUGAAAAUGUAUUUAAUAUUAUUUGAUUUUGAGUAGUGUAUGUCUUCCGUUGUGAUCACUUUGAUAUCUAUUUAUCAAUACGUAUUACGCUUAUAUACGUAUGUAUAGGUACUAAUUUAUUUUCACUGAACUACUGUAAUAAAAUUAUAUACUUACAAUCAAUGAUCAUUUUUCAGUUCGUUAUUAUUUUUAUUUUCCAUUCUAUGUUAGAGUACAAUAUUCAGCAACUCAUGCUUGUUUAUAAGAAUAUAUUAUGCAAAUUUAUUACAAAAAUAUGUUUUUAAUAAUUUUAAGUAAGCUUAAUGUAAUAUCCUGAAUAUGCACUUUACGGACAAUAAUAAGAAAUUAUACGCAUCAGAUUUCUUAUGCAUACACAUUAAAAUAUAUAUGCAUAAACAAA